GGGUAUAAGACAACUUUAAAAAUAAAAAAAAAUACAGUUGGCCUGUGUCUCAGCAUUUCAUUCAUUUCUGUGAAGAAAACUAAACUUUUAAAGUCUGAAUUAUUUCAUUUAUAAACUUAAAAAUUAGAGAAGUAUACAGUUUGAACAACCAAAGAGUUAGCGUCAGGUAGAGGAAAACACUGAAUUUGUCAAAAAAGAAGCCUAUUAAGUAAGAAUGAUUGUUAAAAAAUAAAAAAUACAUAAUAGAGACAGAGAUUUGUAUCAAGUUACUAAGGAUAACAGGAAAACUUAUCUCUAAUGCAACAUUCACAGGAAAUAAUCUGCUCAAAAUUCAUCCUGCAAAACUCCAUGCUUGUUUUACCAUGAAAAUUCCUGUAGGAAGUAGUAGUAGUAGUAGCAAUAGCAAUAGUAGUAGCAGUAGUAGUAGUAGCAGUAACAGUAGUAGCAAUAGCAGCAGUAGUAGUAGCAGUAACAGUAGUAGUAGUAGUAGUAGCAAUAGCAAUAGUAGUAGUAGUAGUAGCAGUAGCAUUAGUAGUAGUAGUAGCAAUAGCAAUAGUAGUAGCAGUAGUAGUAGUAGCAGUAACAGUAGUAGCAAUAGCAGCAGUAGUAGUAACAGUAGUAGUAGUAGUAGUAGUAGUAGCAGCAGUAUUAGCAGUAGUAGUAGUAGCAAUAGCAAUAAUAGUAGUAGCAGUAGUAGUAGUAGUAACGGUAGUAGCUGUAGUAUUAGCAGUAGUAAUCCUAGUAGUAUUAGUAGCAGAAGGAGCAGCAGCAGGAGCAGUAGUAGUAAUCCUAGUAGUAUUAGUAGCAGAAGGAGCAGCAGCAGGAGCAGUAGUAGUAAUCCUAGUAGUAUUAGUAGCAGAAGGAGCAGCAGCAGGAGCAGUAGUAGUAAUCCUAGUAGUAUUAGUAGCAGAAGGAGCAGCAGCAGGAGCAGUAGUAGUAAUCCUAGUAGUAUUAGCAGAAGGAGCAGGAGCAGUAGUAGUAGAAGCAGUAGGAACAGCAGCAGCAGUAGUAGUAGUAUUAGUAGCAGCAGCAGCAGUAGUAGCUAGAACCUUUAAAACUGUAAUACUACUACUAAGUGUUUAGACAGAAAGUAUUUGGGCAGAAUUAACCUUUAAAAUUGUAAGUCGCUUGACAGAAAGUGGUAUUUGGAUGGAAUUUUUUAAACUAUGUCGUUAGACAGAAAGUAGUAUAAAUAUAUAAGUAAGUAUAAACAAUAGAAACAAGAAAAUAUAUAGCACUAGUGUUCUGAAAGAGCUGAAUAUUUUGAUAGUUGAAUGGUUUCUUGAGCUGAAAGUAUGCAGAAAAGUCCAAAAAGCAUACAGAAGAAAUAGAAGAUGUUGAAAUUGAAGUAACCUUAGAAGAACAAUACUGUAGAGUAUAUAGUAAGUAGAGUAUAUAGAGCUAAGGUGACAAGGUGACAUUACAUAGUGCAACACCAGUGAAACUAAACCACUCUUCAUCUUGUUAAGGACUUGCUGGAUCUCUCUGUUUUCAGGGUACCCUAAAGCUCCUCAGACCCCAGUUUUGGUCCCAUUUUAUGACCCUACCAUGAUGUAAGCGACCACUAGAGGUCAGUAAAGCUCCGUGGAGAUGAACCGACACGCUUCACCGUGUUGGUUCAUGUCUACGAUCAGC